AUGUCCUGUCACUCUGCAGCUGGGCUCUCUGAUUGGCUGGGAAAAGGUUUUCCUGUGUUGAUUCAAAGAGAGGAGAGGAAGAGAAUACACAAAUACUUCUCUGUUCACGAAGCAUCAGAAGGACGAACAGAUGUUGAUGUGACCUCCGCCGUGAGACGGCUGCUGGACAGGAUGAGCGGGAAGCAGAGCGAGCUGGAGGGUCGCCUCGACGACAUGCUGUCACGCAUCGCCAUGGAGACGCAGGAGAUCAAAGAGCUGGAGCAACAGCUGACCGACGGUCAGAUUUUGGCUAAUGAAUGUCUUCAGAGAGAUUUGCAGGGCAUCAUCUCUGGACUGCAGGAGUAUCUGAGAGGACUCAGAGAGCAGGCUCGUCGUGCUCAGCAGCAGGUUCUCAGUCUGCAGCUCAACCUGGAGGACAGUGCCAGGACACACAGACAGGAGCUGUCUGUCCAGCAGGAGGAGGCUGAGGCUCUGAGAGACAGACAGGUGGAGCUGGAGGCGGAGCUAACCCGACAGGCGGUAGCAGACGAAGAGAAGCAGAGCAGAGAGUCUCAGCUACAAUCAACCAUCGACACACUGCAGGAUGAGAACUCUUCUCUUCAGCAUGCAGUCCACAGCCUUCAGGUCCAGCAUGAAGACACCAGAACCCAGCUGGACCAGAUCACAGCGGCCAUGUUGGAUCCUCAGGAGCUUCAGAACGGACCAGAGGACAAGUACAGGCCUGAGGACAUGUUGUCCAGGAGUGUGGAGCAGCUCUACAGGGCGAUCCAGCAGACCAAAACCGGCCAGGAACACAUCUCCACACUGCAGGCCCGCGGGGGCGCUGCGGAGCUGCAGAGACUGAGAGUCAGAAACAGACACGCUCAACACAAACUGGAGGUGGAACUGGAGCAGAGCGGUGUGCAGCUGCAGGACGUCCAGCAGGAGAGAGACUCGCUGCUACACCAGCUGCGUUCACAGAGCGACGGUCACCAGCGGAGCCUCGGCCGUCUGAACAGGAAACUACGGCAGCUCAGCAGGUCCAUGUGUGACUCUGAUCAGCUGACAGCAGAGCAGCUGAGAGCGCUGGCACACAUGGUGCAGGACACUGUGGACAAGAUCGACGGCAGAUUUCACGAACACACAGCGCUGCAGUGUGAGCACACACACACGCUUGAGGGGCUGAGGGCCGAACUGGAUAAAGCUCAGAGACACACACACAGACUGAGACAGAAGCUGGACCGGACCAGAGCCAGAGAGGGAGGACAGUGGUGCUUCAUACCUCCUGGACACACUGCUCCCAGUCUGGGCUCUCUGGGAACUCAGGACUCCGGGUUGGGGCUGCAGUACCUCAGACCUCCCGCAAGAGGAGGGUACUGUGUCUACUUCCCCCCGACACACAGCGACUCUGACACAGCAGCAGCAGAGUGGAGGGACAGCGGAGGAGGAAGUGACGCUGACCGGAGCUCCAGAGGACGGACUCCUCCUGUUCCUCCUGCCCCAGCUGCAGCUGUCUCUGCUGGACUCGCUGACGGUCAGACUCCGCUGGUUGGACCCGCCUGGCUGCUCUGUGGCUCACCUGCAGGAGGCGCUGCGCUGCACUGUAACAUCCCAGAACACAGAGACACGCAGGGAGACAGGUGUGUGUGUGAGUGUGUGCACAAGGAAUCAGAGCGACUGGAGGAAGAGAAGGAGAAACUACGUCUGGAAACCAAACAAUUACGACACACACUGAGACAACAUAGAAGUGUGACGCAGGUGUGUGAUGAGGUGGAGUGUGUGGAGAAAACUCUGCUGAAGAGACGAGCUGAACUCCGUCAGGUGGACCGACUGCUGCUGGAGGCUCAGAGCUGCAUACGCACUACCAGAGACAAGCAGCAGAAAAGCGCCACAGUUUCUGCUCUGAGAGACGACGAGCUGAAACUCAAUACACACAGAGCAGAGCUGAAACAGGUCCUUCAGGAGUUACUCAUCGAGCAGCAGGCGCUGGAGGGUGUGAAAACCAAACGCACCCAGAGUCUCCGGCGGCUCCACAAGAAGCAGGAACAGCUGGACAAAAUACAGGAAGAGGUGGAGAGGACGAGGGAGGAGCUGUCUGAGCUGCAACAGGAAGUGGAGUCCCACAGAAAGGAGGUGAAACUGCAGCGAACAGAACUGCAGGAGCUGCAGGAGGAGAAGAACAGCCUGCAGGAGGAGAAGAGCAGCCUGCAGGAGAGCAGCCUGCAGGAAGAGAAGAGCAGCCUGCAGGAGGAGAAGAGCCGCCUGCAGGAAGAGAAGAGCAGCCUGCAGGAGGAGUGUAAACACCUGGAGGCCAGGCGGAGGCACGCUGACAGGAGUCUGUCAGCGCUGGAGGAGGAGCUCGCUGCACUGAAGGAGGAGCACCGCCGCGCACAGCUGCUCAGACAGGAAGUGGUCAGAGACACAGCCACCGCUCAGGAGCAGCUUCACGAGAACUCUGAGCUGCUGUCUCUGCUCAGUGAGCGGCUGGAGGAGAAGAAGACACAGCUGCAGACUGUGGAGCAGGCGGUGUGUGUUAGACUGGAUGUUGGAGCUUCAGUGUGUCAGCUGGAGGACAGGGGGCGCCGUCUGACCGACCCGCAGCUCCGGGAGGAGCUCAAACCACAGGAGGAGGAGGAGCUAGAGCUGAACGGGGAGGGGCUAAAACAACAAGAGGAGGAGCUAGAGCUGAACGGGGAGGGGCUUGAAGAAAAAGAAGAACUACAAAAGACAGAAGAGGAGUAUCUCAGAGUUCAGUUCAACGUGUUUCAGGACGAGAGCUGGAACACUGAGCAAGAAGAGGACCGACUGAAGGCUCGUCUGCGCUGCAGUUUGUGGAGCCGGCAGGAGAAUCUGAGACGUCAGGAGACGGAGGAGAGUUUACUGGGACUGAAACACAGACUGGACCAGCUGGACACACUGCUCACACACACUGAGUCCUCAGCAGCUCCUGGACUCUGCUCCCCUCCUCCAGAAGUCUAA